AUGUCAAACUUAAAUGAUAGUAUGAAAGAAGAAGAAAAAGAUGUUGUAAUAGUCAGCAAUGAUCUGAGUGAUUCUUCAUUGUUAUCUAAUUCAAGUACGAUUCCAUCGAAUGAAGAAUUACCUAUUCCACGCUUACAGGAUUCAUCUUCAAGCUUAAUGACAAGUCUCAUUACUACAACGUCACAAUUAUCAAUAUCAUCUGAAAUCAUUAGUCAAUUACAUAAUGUAACAUUGCCUUAUCCAUUGCAAUUAGAUAAAGAAUAUAUGUAUCGAAUUGGAUUAAAUCCAAAUGAAUUUAUAGAUUAUUGUCAAUCUGAACUGAUGAACUUUAUGUUUAAUGAUCCAAUGGAUAUUAUUGAAAAUUUUAUUCAAUAUCGUUUGAGAAAAGGCUUAGAUAUUGGUAUUAAUCAAGAAUGUUUUGAUCAUUUAAAUAAUGUUCGACAAAUUUAUUCUAAUGAUGAAUCGUUCGAACAUGAUGUUUAUAAUUAUAUUGAGGUUCAAAUCAUGAAAUUACUCAAUUCUCCAAAUUUUGAUUCAUCACCUGAUAAUCAAUGGUCUCAAAUACCUUGUCCUACUUUUAAUUCAUCAACAUUAGAAGUUGUUUAUUAUGAUUUGAACAUUUAUCCUAAUCGAUCUAAUUUCAAAAAAUGUAUGCAUAAUAAUUUAAAUGUAUUUGAUUUAUUGGCAAAAUCUCAAAUAGAAAAAGAUGAAAAUAUUCGCUUAUAUCAUGGUACAGAUGUUGAAUCUGUUAAAAAAAUAUGUCAAUAUGGAAUAAAUUUAAACGCAUCUCAUCGUCUUGGUUCCGAUUUUGGACCAGGAUUUUAUGUGACAGACAAUUUUGAUGAUGCUCUGCACAGAGCAAUGAGCAAAUCAGCACUAAAUAAAACAUGUGGUGGCGUUAUUUGUUUUCAAAUUCGAGAUAUUGAGUAUCAUCAGUUUAAUGUACAAGAGCUAAAUGAAACAGCAGAAGAAUCUAGUAAUCCUCUCGAAUGGAGUAACUUUGUGAAAUUAUGUCGUCGUCGAUUUGCAGAAUAUCCACAUAUGUUUCGACGAGAUGCUUUUUGCGGUUCUGUUUGUAAGAAUGCAGAAAAAGUUUAUCGAACAGAAAAUGAACGACCACAAGUAAAAAUGCUUGAAAAUAGAAAACCCAAACAGAUAUGUAUCAAAAGUACAACUAUGGCAUCAAAACUUGAAGGUUCAAUCUUUGGUUUUUAUGUUAUUGGUAUAUCAUCAUAA